AUGGAUAAAACUUCAGCAAAAAUGGACAAUAACAGAAUUUUUUCUGAUCAAAACUUACAACUUCGUCGCAAGUUUAUGACAAUAUUAUUGAUAAUGAUGGGAGUUGCAAGUAUUGAACACGUGGCAACUGGUUUGGCAGAAAGAUACAAACAUUUAAAUGAAUCAGUGAUAAAUUCACUCAGUAAACGAGGAUGUGAUGCAAUUAAUUGGCAAAAUCAGUAUAGAAAAAAAUAUACAUUAUUGAGUAAUUUGGUAAAAGAAACCGAUAAUGCACUUUCUCCAUUGAUACUCUUGUCUGUCAGCGCAAAUGGAAAAUUGGCUCUUGUAUAUUAUUUUAUGUCAUUCAUACUUAUUGUUGGAAGAUUAUUCGCUGUUUCACUAUCAGCAGCUAGAAUUCACAAUCAAAGUGCAAUUAUUUUACCAAAAAUUUAUUGUUGUCCUUCACGGAACCGCGUGACUUAUCGUCUUCAGUUCCAAUUAACAGCCGAUGAAAUCACAUUGACUGGAAUGAAGUUUUUUUCAAUUACCCGAAAGUUCCUGUUUACUCUGGUUGGUACAAUUGUCACUUAUGAACUUAUAAUAUUGGAAUUCGGAAAAAUACAAAAAUAA